AUGUCGCUGAGCACUGUUUUAGAGUUCAACAAACCUGAAAAGAUGAAAACCAACAACGUCCUUCUGGAGAUCGCUCGGAAAGUGGUCAACAGCAGCCCCGAGCCCAGGUACAAGAUCAAACUCCGCGAUGAAGUGCUGGCCAUGAAGGAAAAGGAAAGGCUGGGGUUUAAUUUUAACAGGUCGGUGACUGCCUCGCUCAAAUCACGCUGGAGUGUGGUAGAAAAGGCCACCAGAGACUACCUUCAAGAGAUCUUCGACAUGAAUGAUCAGAUUGAGGAAGAUGGUCGAAAGUAUGAGAAUCAACUCAUUAACCUCAUAGUAACUCGGACCACCAACCUCGGGCUUAAUUCCAGAAUCGAGCAAAUGGCUGGUCUGUUCAUGCACAUGAACUUCUACUGCACCGUGCUGAAAUUCAAGAUCCAGCAUCUAGAGCCAGCCCGAGCAUUCAUGUUCACCUGCAGUGACCUCAUGGGCUUCUCACGACCGUCGCAGCUAAUUGAUCGCUACGCGGCGCUGCAGCACGUCUUUUCUGAACUAUACAGCGACUACGAGGACCGGCAAAAUUUACUGAACCAUUUGACGGAGGCCCUGAGUGAGGUCAAAGCUGAGACGAACCACCGCAACAUGCUGAUGCACAACCAGAUGGCAGAAAUGCAUAGCAGGAUUAAACAUCUUCAAACUGAGUCAGCACAGAUAGAAAGAGCUAUACAAGACCAGAUGGAGAGCUCUACUGGUGCUAGCCUGGAGAUCUACAAGAUCAAAAACGCAGUUUACAACAUCUAUAUCACUAUGAUGACCUAUAGAGGUCUUGAUACCACACACAGCGACUCCUUCUCUCAGCUGGAGGAGCUUGAAGUCCGAGUCAGCCACACCCAAGCAGCAGUCAAGAUGCUACAAAUAGAGGAAUCGAAACGGCAGAGCAAAAAGAAAGCUCACAAAAAGCAAGAGGCAUUAGAUGCUCAAUUCGAAAGCGACGCAUUUUCAGACGGAAGUAGCGAUUAUGAAAGUGAGACCAGAAGUCGCAGAAGUGGGGAUGGAAAAGUCGGUUUCUCUGAAAAUGCGAACGCUUCUGCCAACGAAAGCAGUUCCCACACGGGCGGGUUGUAUGUGCCUAAGGGGCGAAACCCGUUGAAAAGAAAUGUGCUGAAACCUCGAUCUCUUGUGGUGCAUGCUGAGAAGGUUCCCCAAAGGCAUGUGCCUCUACCUCCAAUCGCUGCUAAAGAACCAGUAGCAGCUCCCAACUACAAGACAAAAUUGCAGCCAGAAAAUAACGUGCUGCUUCCGAAGCUGGACUUCAGCUCAAAUAAACCUUUAGAAACUGGAAAAGCAUGCAUGGAGGAAACAGGCAGAUCACCUGCAUCAUUGCCUCAAAUGUCUUCUAAGUCUAAUAGCAGUGGAUUUGCAGAGAGGCAUGGCAAAAUAUCACACAGAGCCAGCUAUCGUCAGGCAAGUAUCAUAAACAAUCUUCAGAAAAAUAACAAGGCUACAGGCAUAAGAAAGGUGCAAAAAGUAGCAGCUGAGAAUAAAAUACAAAGGCAGUCUAUAGAGGUAUGUACUGAACCCAAACUUGACAUGGAAAAUAACGAAGAAGAAAUAGGCAAUACAAACAUAAUUUAUGAGUGUAUACAUAUCCCUGAUUUUGACAAUGAGGAAGUAAUGGAUCAAAUAGAUAAAGACACAGAAGAAACGCUGGAUGUACCAAAGGAGAGGACAUCCCGAUCUAAAAGUACGACGGAUCCAAGAAAAAAUGCUAAACGCAUCUGUUCCACAAAUUUACCUUACAGAUCCAACAGUCUAAAAGACAAAAAUGCUAAAAAAGUGAAGAUUCUUAAUGAAAUUGCCAGUAGACGAAAUUUGAAAGAUAAUUGUCUGAAUAUCCUGGCCAACGUGAAGAUUUGA